CUACCCUGCAGGGGAGAGCCCUACAGACACCCCAGCUCCAGCCUUGCUCGUGGCUCCCUAAGCCCUCCCAGCAUCAUGAGGAUCCUUGCAGCCUCCCUGGCUGUUUUGCUUCUUGUGGCCAUCUGUUCCCUGGCUGAGGCUGAUCACAGAGUCUCCAGGAAUGCUGCACGUUCCAAGAACGAUGAAACCAAAGACAUCUCCUGCUGCUUCAGUUACAGUUCAUCCCGCAUUCCACGCAGAAUGAUCCACUAUGCCUACAGGACCAGCGCCUUCUGCUCAAUGCAAGCCGUGGUCAUGGUCACCAGGAGAGGGAGGCAGGUGUGUACAGACCCCAAGGCUCUCUGGGUGCAGAAAUACCUGGAGGACUUGGAGCUUCUGGAGAACUGACUCUUCCCUGCUUCUGCCCCCGGACAGUGGGCUCAGCCUCCAGCACGAGACAUGCAGUAAGAGUGCUUGAGCUGUAUCCUUCUUCAAAGGGAAAAUUUAUUACAAUUGCCAUACACUUGUUUAACUAAAUUUUGCUUGCCUAAAUGCUUGAAUAAACUGUUUGGCUUGUCAAA